UUCUCUGAUGACAAUUUAUGUUUUGUACUCAGUUAUGAAUUCUGGAAAUAAUUCCUCAGGUGUAAUGAAUUUCAUCUUCAAAAUGAAACAUGAUUCUGCUUCUAAUCGUGAUACUACAAUUUCUCUCGGGCAUUGAAGCUCCAGCAAUUGUGAAUGGUAUUUACAAAGCUAGCGAACCAAAACAGGGAGAAUUUCCCUAUCAUGCUAGUUUAAUGCUUAUGAAGGACAAUAAUUACUACAGUUUUUGUGGUGGUAGUCUGAUCCACCCAAAAUGGGUUUUAAGUGCUGCACAUUGUGUUCAGCUUGACAUAGAUCAUCCUGCUUUGAAACCGCAAUCCAUAUUCGUAGCCCUAGGCAGCGUGUUGAGAAACUCUAAAGGGGCCCAAAUUUUAGGAGUCGAAAAAACAAUUAUUCAUCCUACUUACUUGGAGACAGAUAGAAAUGAUAUAGCACUACUUAAAUUGAAAACGUCUGCUGCUUUAGGUCCUAAUGUGAAGAUAAUCAAGUUGCAUACAAACAAUAAGGAGAACCUUCUGGGUAAAACCGUGUUUCUCACAGGAUUUGGAAUUACAAAUGAUUUACAUGAAACCCCUGAAAGGUUGAGAAAAGCCACUCUCCAUGUGAACACCUUUAAUAAAUGUUUCAGCGAAAGGGACUUCGCUAACUUGGAGAUUUGUGCUACUUCGACAAUGGCAGAAGGAAAGGCAUGCAAAGGAGAUAGUGGAGGUCCUCUAGUUCUCCAACGAAAUAAUCACCUGAUCCAAGUUGGCGUAACCAGUCAUUUAGCAAUAUUGCCCUUCUGUCGAUUCCAAUUCAAUAACUCUGUAUACACUAGAGUUUCCGCUUACAUUGGAUGGUUAUCUAAAGUGACUGGAAUAAAUUUCAACACGUAUCCCUUCUGAUAUGCUGUGAACAUUGUAUGUGAAAAAUAAAUAGAUGAAAAACUUUG